UCAAACGGAGGAAUAGAAUAAUGCUUGUAUGGUGGGUAUUGAAGCAAGAACAAGAAGCAACCAGAGGUUCCUUUGCUCAAUGGGUUGAGAGAGACAGAGAGACAGAGAGAGAGAGAAGGUUGAAGAGGUAGCAGAUGGUUAAGGAGGAGGUUUAAGGAGAGAGGAGGGUUUAGGUCCACCAACUGGUUGUUAGGGAUUGAGCUCCUUAACCAAACCAAAAAAAAUAAAAUAAAAAAAAGAAGCCCACAAACAAACUCUUGGAACAGGCACAAGAACAAGAGGCAGAAGAAGAAGAAGAAGAAGAAGAAGAAGAAUCAAUAGGAGUAGAAAAGAAAGCAGGGGGAGGACAAAACUCCCAGACGCUCAAGAGGGCAGGGAAGCAGCUACAAAAAAAAAAUUUUUUAGAGGGAAGGGACUGUGAUAGAUAGAGAAAUCAAUCAUUCCCUUCUGGGCAGGAGAGAGAGAGAGAGAGAGAGGGAGAGGGAUAGAGAGAGAGUCUCACGUGGGGAUUUGAGGAAAAGAAAGAAAGAAUGAAUGAGUGAAUGAUGGAAGACAAGAGGGGGAAUGAUGAAUAUAGAUGAUGUGGGGGUCUCUUCUUUCUUCUUUCUGGUAGUAAAGUUUGAAACUUUUUUUCUGGUGUUGUGUUUACCGUCUUUCUUCCUCGUGGGUUUGUGUCUGUUGCUCGUUGGGUUUGUGUGCGUGUGAAUGAUAAUAAUAGUUCAAUGUUAGAAGGGUGAGAGGAGUUUCUUGGGAUCGGAUAGGUUUUUUUGAUCUUCGGAGAAGAUUUUGAAGCUGUUCCCUGUUCCCCACUUCUCCCUUCAACAGCUCUUGAGAGCUUCAAGUUGCUGAUUCUCUGACCAUGUUCUAAAGAAGGAGAGCAAGUUUCGAGAAUAAGGACGAUGGCAACCUUUUACACCGAUUCGAAUGAAAGAGUCGCUACCCCGAUGCUUUACCUUAGGGAGCAUAUGCCGUCUUCCUAUCAAGAAACGCAGGUUCUUCCCGGUAAUAUGAUGCUGUACAUGAACUCCGUAUCCUACUCCGAUACAUUGGGCAUAGAUUCGGCCUCUCAGCAACAGCAGCCGCAGCAGCAAGAGAUUCUACCAAAUUUCAACGGGUCGAGAAUCGGAGAGCAGGACUUUAAUGCUCUGCGAGACUUUAAUCCUAUAGGUAGUAGUUCUUCUAGCAUCCUCCAGAAUGGGCUUUCCCUCAGCCUCGGAACGCAGAUUCCAGGAGGAGGUUUUCAGAUGAGUUCUGCUCCAUUCAGGAACCCAAACAUGGGCCUGGUCUCAUUCCUAAGCCCGAAUCCAUCGAUAUCAGAAGAAGGUGGAGGGAGCAGGAAUGGUGGAUCCCUGAGGAAUGAGAGUUCUAGGAAUGGGGAUUAUGUGUCACACAGUUUUCCCGGAAGCAGUCUGGAUUUAUCCACUGUUGCCAGGACUAUCCCGAAUUCCCGGUACUUGAAGGCCGCCCAGCAGCUUCUCGAUGAAGUGGUAAAUGUGAGGAAGGCUUUAAAGCAGCCCGAGGAUGUAAAGGACCGAAGUGGAAAUGAGAAUCAGAAGCGAGGAAAGAGUACCGAAGAUGGUGCCGGUGGAGGAGUCAAGAACGAUGAUGGGGAUUCGAGUGCCAAAGAAUCUUCUACCAGUAAAGAGCUCUCUCACUCUGAAAGGCAGGAGCUUCAGAACAAGUUGACAAAGCUUCUGAACAUGUUGGACGAGGUUGAUAAAAGGUACAAGCAGUACCACCACCAAAUGCAGUUCGUUGUCUCUUCCUUUGACUCGAUAGCAGGGCCUAGCGCUGCAAAACCAUACACGGCACUCGCGCUGCAGAGGAUAUCCCGUCACUUCCGAUGCCUGAGGGAUGCAAUCAACGUUCAGAUCUCAGGGACCCGGAAGGACCUUGGGGAGCAAGAUUCCUCCUCGGGCAAUAAUGGGGUUGGAAUCACUCGACUCCGCUUUGUGGAUCAGCAGCUGAGGCAGCAGAGAGCACUUCAGCAGCUUGGGAUGAUGCAGCAGCAUGCUGCUUGGAGGCCCCAGAGAGGGCUUCCUGAGAGCUCAGUCUCGAUACUCCGGGCAUGGCUGUUCGAGCAUUUCCUUCACCCUUACCCGAAGGAUUCAGAUAAAAUCAUGUUGGCCAGGCAAACAGGUUUGACUAGAAGCCAGGUUUCAAACUGGUUUAUAAAUGCUCGUGUUCGACUCUGGAAGCCCAUGGUUGAGGAAAUGUACAAAGAGGAGACCGGUGAUCUCGAGAUGGACUCCAAUUCUUCAUCGGAAAAUGCCGCAAAGGCGAUGAGAGGUGAUGCCUUCAGGUCAUCCGAGGAGAGAGGUGAAGAUAAUUUGCAGAAGACUGCGAGCACAGCAGCUACUGAGAGAGGCAACGGGGAGAAGUUUUCGGACCCAAAAUCCGACCAAAUCCCCGACAUAGAAAUGGUCGGACCCAGUGGAGGAGCGGCUAACUUCCAAGGCGGAUCUCGUGAAAUCGAGGCCGAUUACUACGUCCAGUCGACUCUGGGGAAUACUAGGUUCGUGUCCGAGGCGGCGAAUGAGUACCAAAUGUCGGAGUUGGGGAGGUUCGGGCAUGGGACGAGAGUGUCUCUCACCCUUGGGUUGCGGCAUUUUGAGGGGGGAACCGUACCCUUCUCUGAAACGAUGCAUCACGGGUUUGUCCCGAUGAGAGGCGAUGAAUUCUACGGGGCUACGGGCUCUUCAAUGGGGACUGAGGCAACAGAAUUCGAGGUCAUCAGCAAUCCCGGGAAUCAGCACCACAGGCUUGGUCCCGGCCAGCAGCUGCUGCAUGAUUUUGUGGCCUGAGAAGAUACUCAUCGGAAAGAAGACCAGGAGUGCUAACCAAAGCAUUCGUUCGUCAGGAAAGGUGAAAAAGGUAGAUACUGUAGUUUUUCGAGCGUCGAAACGCAUAAAACAUGAGUUAUUGUAUAUGAAAAAUACUGUUUGGCAAAGUUAGUUAAUUUGUAAAGAUGAGAUCAGAUUUUUACGUUGUACCACACUCUGGAAGGGGAAAUAUAUGCAUACAAUUUAUGCCAAAA